AUGGUCACCGGGGGACACCAGGGAGACACCACGGUCACCCACGGGGACACCACGCCCACCGUGGGGACAUCAGUCACACCACGGUCACUGGGGGGACACCGUGGGGACACCACGGCCACCGGACUCUGCGGGACCCCCCCCACCCUCAUCCUGGGACCCCCACCCGGGAUUCACCGGGAACCCCCGCUCCGGGAUCCCCCGGGACCCAUCGGGACCUCCAUCCCGGGACCCACCGGGACCCCCCGCUCCGGGAUCCCCCGGGACCCACCGGGACCCCACCGGGACCCCCCGCUCCGGGAUUCCCCGGGAUUCCCCGGGCAAAACCCCGCUCCCGGACCUUGCCCCGCCUUUCCCGGGGUGCCAGAUGGUGACCGGGCGCCGGGACAGCGGCACUGGGAGCACUGGGAGCACUGGGAGCCACUGGGAGGGACCCGGUGCUGCUCCCCCGGCUCCCAGUGCCCCCCUCCCUUUCCCCCAGGGAUCGAUUUCAAGAUCCGCACCGUGGAUAUCGAUGGGAAGAAAAUCAAGCUGCAGGUCUGGGACACGGCGGGACAGGAGCGCUUCAAAACCAUCACCACGGCCUAUUACCGCGGAGCCGUGGGCAUCGUCCUGGUGUACGACAUCACCGACGAGAAAUCCUUCGAGAACAUCCAGAACUGGAUGAAAAGCAUCAAGGAGAACGCCUCGGCCGGGGUGGAGCGGCUCCUCCUGGGCAACAAGUGCGACAUGGAGGCGAGGAGGAAAGUGCAGCGGGACGCGGCCGAGAAGCUGGCCAAGGAACACGGGAUUCGCUUCUUCGAGACCAGCGCCAAGUCCAGCGAGAACGUGGAGGAGGCUUUCCGCACGCUGGCRCGGGACAUCCUGCACAAAUCCUUCCGGAAAGCCCCCCCCGGCAGCAGCAGCARCAGGGCCCUGCUGGAUCCCGGCCCCCCCAAAAAGGCCGGCGGGAGAUGCAGCCUGGUUUAGGGGCUCGGGACCCCCGCGGGAACCCCCCCGGGACCCUCCCGGGGCAGCGCGGGCGCCUCUCCCAGGGGGUCUGGGGGGGAAUUUGGGGGGAUUUGGGGCUGCCCCCCACUCUCUCCUCGUGCCAUAAAGCCCCGCUGUGCCUUGUU